AUGGCCGUGCCAACAGCAACAUCCACACUGAGGUCAGAGACAUUUCUGCACCAACUUUGGAACAUCAUCACCAUCAUCACUAUCAUCACCACCAUCAUCCUCACCAUAAUCAUUAAGAUGAUCUUCAACAGCACUGAGUCCUGGCUUUUCAUCAAUACUUCAUUUCCCAUCCUGCCUGUAAUAUCCAGUCCCAGUAACAGAAGUGGUAUGGAAGGAUAUCUUCAAAGACUGGCUCAUUUGGAUGAGGGGCUCUACAAUGACUUUUACGGCCUUUGGAUUGCACUGAUGGUCAUAAACUCUCUCAUAUUCCUGGUGGGCAUGGUGCUUAACAUAGUCGCACUUUAUGUUUUCUGUUUCCGCACCAAGCAAAAGACCACGUCAGUGAUCUACACCAUCAACUUGGCGGUGACGGACCUCUUGGUGAACCUCUCUCUGCCAACUCGCAUCCUGCUCUAUUACAGUGGAGGAGCGUGUCUCACCUGCUCCUACAUGCACAUCUUCAGCUACUUUGUCAACAUGUACUGCAGCAUCUUGUUUCUGACCUGCAUUUGUGUCGACCGUUACCUCGCCAUCGUGCAGGUUGAAGCUUCCCGUCGGUGGAGGAACUCCAGUGUGGCCAAAUGUGUGUGCGUCUCUGUCUGGCUGUUUGCCAUUGUGGUCACCUACUCCUUCCUCUCCACUGCUUUCCAGCACGCGGGCUGCUGCCUCUCAAAGCUCCUCUUUCUUACCAUCACUGAGUUUUUUCUACCCCUCAUCAUCAUAGUGGUCUUCACGUUACGGAUUAUGUGGGCACUAGCUGACCGCCGUCUGAUGCAGCAAAGCAGGGAGAGGAGACAGAGGGCUGUCCAGCUGCUGACCACAGUGCUGGUCAUCUUCACCAUCUGCUUUACACCUUUCCACAUCAGACAGGUGGUGGUGUACUUCUACCCUGAUAUGCCUCAUCAUGUGAUAGUCUACCACUUGACUGUCACUCUCAGCAGUUUGAAUAGCUGUAUGGAUCCUGUCGUCUACUGCUUUGUUACAAAUAAUUUCAAGGCCACUGUGAGAAAUAUUUUCCGUCGUACAGAGCCCGAGCAGACGAGUGGUGACAUCAUCAGCAUGCAGCACAGCUCCAAGGCCUCAGGAGGGACUGCCAACGCUGUCACUAAUAAUGUGAUCAUGAUGACCAAAAUUCACACUGCACAGAGACAUAUCGGGGGAAAACCACAAACUUUAAAUCCCCCUUCACAUGGAGUGAAGAGAAGUGAAAGUUAA